AUGGAGCUCAAGGUCACGCUGUCCGACUCGGUGCUCGUACUGUCUCGUCAAGACUGUCCUGGCAGAACCGAGAUGUCAGACGCACCUCCAGCUUACGAGCAGACGAUGGCGGAUUUCAGCUUGCUCCGGCACUCGUCGGCGUCAUCGUCAGCAACUUCUUCAUGUGCGUCAUCUUCAUCGGCGUUCCCAUCCUCCUCCUCGCCAGGACCAUGCCCGUUCCUAGCGUCAUCUUCAAGGCUUCUUUUGAGCGCGAAGAUCACGCUCAGCGUCCCCGCAAGCCAGAAGUCAAGGCACCUGCUCAAUUCGCUGACCGCCAGGCUCGUCGCCAACGAGUCCCUCGUGUACAACAGUGGCGCGUUUGAGCAGAGUCGCCUUAUCGAUAUCUGCGUUCGCGUCGCUAUUCCAGACGAGUGCAUCUUGCACCCUGGUCAUUCGCAUACCUUCCAAGCCGAGAUCCCUUAUUCGAGCCAUCUACCUUCGAGCGUGCAGCUCCCCGAUGCAAGACUGACGUAUAAGGUUUGCGUCGAGGCCAAGACACUGCCUGCCAGCUCCAAAAAGUCGUGGUUGACAACCGCCCUACAAGGCACGACGCUGACCGACUCGUGCGGUUUGUUAGUCGUUCAAGCUGCCGAGAUGGUCCCGUACAAGUUCUCCAACAUCAAAUACGUCGAUAUUGGUGGACUUGGCCAGGCGUGCAUCUCGGUGACCCCGUCGCCUUGCAUCAUAGGCGAAGCGACGUUGCUCAGCCUCGCCCUGACCAACCCUCAUCCAUCUGGCAAGAUCACCGGCGUCGAGUCGAGUCUGAUUCAAGACUAUCACUUGCGCUCGCAACACAGUGCGCAUUCGUCCAACGGCUUGUCCAAGCACUACAAGCCAAGAUUGGUCGUCAAGCUCGACUCGACGCCUGUGACAUGUGGCUCUCCGACGGGCGCGCUUGAUCUUCGCCGAGCGGCGACGACCAAGGGCGAAGCUCGAACCGUUACAACCGAGACGUACGAAUUCCGAGUCCAGAUGCCCGAUCAGACCGUCGUGCAAUCCUCAACGCUAGAUCAAGAAGCGUCGAGCCCAACGAUUCUUAUUUCACAUCACCUUCAGGUUCGCGUUGACUUUGUCGAUACGGCGGAUCAGCCCGGAUCCUUUCCGCUGGUGUCUCUACGACACCGCUAG